AUGAUGAUCAAUCAGUUGGAAAGGACACGACAUGCGAAUAUGUGGCAGUUUAUUGACAAUGGAAGAGAAACAUCGAGAUUGCCUAGAAGUAAUGAAGGCAUAGAAAGUCUAUUCAAUGCUAAUAUCUUAGCAUUAGAAGGCAGAAAUUGCUUGAAAAGUUUCAUUGACGGGGUCACACAGCCACUUUUUGAUCGACAGGAUUCAUUAUUGCUUUGCCAACAACUCCAAGAACAAGAUGGCUUUGAUUUUAUGGAUCAGAGCAUAGAUCUGACUCCAUACUUGAAAGAUCUUCGUGGUGUCUAUGAUAUCGACGAUAAAAUUGAAAUCGUUACUGAUAAAGAUAAUACGUUUGAAUGCAUUGAGUGCGACAGUCAGUUCCGAGGAUCUGCUCAUACAUCACCUAUAAACUACACGAAUUUGACAUCAAUUGAUCCCCUAGGUACCUCACGUAUACCAGUUGAAAACAUGAAAGUUGAAAUUAACGAUGACGAUAGAUUCGGUCAAGUACCUGAAAUAUCCAGUUUUAAAGCAAAAUUGGAGCCACCGAAAACAAAAGUAUGUCUCAAAGAAGAAACAGUUGAAUUUUUACCAAAAUCACUGAAGAAUCCAUCAGAACCUGCUGAAUUGACUUUCAUACCGACUAUCAAGCCAAGAAAAUAUUCAUGGAAGCCCGAAGCUGAAAAGAAAAAUCCUUUGUAUCGAAUUAAACGUGAAAAGAAUAAUGAUGCUGUUAGGCGAUCACGUACAAAAGCGAAGGAACAACAAAAAAUGAAAGACCAGCAAAUCAUACAGCUUCAAGAUCAGAUUGCAGCAUUCGGUAAGGUAAUAAGUGCGAAGGAUGAAGAAAUCGUUAAGCUUGAAGGUACUGUUCGUGGUUUACAAACAGAAAAUCUGAAACUACGUGCCGAAAAUAUUCGUUUAAAUAACAAACUGAACCAAGCCAAAAAAUAA